GCCCGCCAAGGAGCAAAAGGUGCUGACCAAUGACGGAGAUCGCCUUUGGAUCAUUGCCAAGAUGGCUGACUGCACGGGUGCGAUCACCUUGGCGCUUCGAGAGCGUGCAGUGCUUAGCCUGGCCAACGUCCCAGACAAAGAGCAGUUCUUAGACCUCCUGAAGGAAGAUGGUAUCCAGUUUCCGCUGAUGUCGUCCGCCCGCAUCGUGCUCAAAGAUGCGCAGGGCAUCAUCGUGGAAGCGGAGGAACAGUCCUUCACCCUGCAGCCCACAAUGGCGAUGAGCGAGCUCAGCAGCUACGUGCAGAGCAUUACGCGCAGGGCUGACGCAACAUUGCCGAGCACCUUGAAGGCCUUGACAGCUUCUGCGCACUACCGUGUCUUGGUGGCGUCAGGCGAGGUCAUGCAGCCAUGCGAGCGUGCCCUUGUCCUCCUGAAAAGCACCAAGCGGACACACCAGACCCCUUUGGGCGAUGGCUUUCGCCUCACGACCCCGGGGGUUCAGUGCGGCCUGGAGGAAACGGAGAUGGCCACAUAUGAGGCGGUGGGCACAGCCACAAAUGCGACAUUGAAGGACUUUGUCCUGGACCCUCCGAAGACAGGAGAGCGAGUUAUGCACGCACUUGGAUUGGUGGUGGGGGUCGACGUCAAGACCGGCAAGCUCCUUCUGGAACAGAUCCAGCCGGUCCGCCCGGAGGAUGUCACGCACGCGCGGGACCUGCUCUCGCGUCUCAUCGCGUGGUCAGCCACAUGGGCGAUUGAGUCGCGCAAGCACUCAAGCGGCGGCGGGACGAAGCGAGCGGCUAGCGAGGUGCCGAGUGCAACUCGCACCUGCCGUCGCCUGAGCGCUUGCCCGACCGACGCCCCUUUUCCCUACUGA